CAAGGUCUAGGUUUCACUUUUGUAUUCACUUACACAAAGUCACAUGUCAUAGCCUUGAAAUAGCCUUUGUGAUCCAAGACCAUGGAUUCAGUGAGGUAUGAGGAAAGUACCACGCAACCUAAGCUGCAUCCUCAUUGGCUGGGAUGUUCAUUUAUGAGGGAAACUCCCAUGGAUUUACCUGCUUUGAGCACUGCAAUCUCACCAUUCACUCUGAUGUAUUCUGCGACACAAGCAAGCUUUUUAUUUGAGUCAGGCGAGUGUGACGUUCAAACAAACAAAAAUGUUAAACGUGUUGAGGAGGAAAAAAAAGAGUGGGAAUGAAGAGACCCCUUUAAUGAAGAACAUAGAGCAGACAGAUGGGGAACAGACAUCUGAAUACAGUUCACAGCAACCAGGAGUUCCUGAUCUCAUUGCUCUAGAUGUUGAAGCGAGUAACAAGAGAGUGCUUAAUACUCUCCGAAUGAUUCUGAGUGACCAGUCAGCCCCUGAGGACUUUGACACUGCAGCUGAGGUGUUGAAAACAUGGAGCAAACUGAACAACAGCUACUCUCAAGACUGGCUUUCGGAGUACCUUCAAGAAAUAGAUCAGUUUGUGGAGAACCACUUUCCCACGCUGCCAGCAGAGGGACCACAAGGAUCUCAGUUAGAGCAGAUGCAACACUUUCUAAAGAGUGCACAGAGUACUAUAAAUGAUGAGGUUUGCCGAUUAACACCUUUACUGAAAGAUGCUGGACUGCUAGUUCAUCUGAUGGACGGUUACAGCCGUCACCUCUUUACCAACCUGGACCUGCUCCUAAACAGAGAUCUUUCAGCCAAUGAAAUCUUCUGCCUUAUUAUGUGGGGAAAAAAGGUUUUCUUCAGUCCAGGCUCACAGCAUUUCUUCAGAGUGUAUGACCCUCUGCUGGUGACAGGUUGGUUUGAGAGAGCAACGAGGAAGCUGCUGCCAAAACUGCAGAAUGACAUCUCCACGACCCUACAGAACAUCCUACAUUAUGAUAAGAAACACGGACAUCAUGAGGACUCAAUGGAUGAAGAAACCUUCAUCAGAGUUCACUUAGAUGUCACUCAGUGUCUGAAUGCUGUUAUUAACAAUUCUAAAGAAUUUAGUCACACCCUGAUGUGUACAGUACAGGCGCUCUGCCUUAAAGAGCUUCAUCAUUUUGUUCAGGAGUAUGUGCAUGCAGAGAAAAAAUGUCUGGGAAAACAGAAACCCCUGAACUCAAAAUAUGUGCAUCUGUUUCGGCUCAUCAGCACCAGUAGGCAACUCAGAUUUUUUGCUGAUCGACUCAACAAUCUGGAUGUAAACAACAGUAACGACAUCUCAAACAUCAUUCACAUGUUAGAGGAGCUGGAGGAUCACGUUCUGUCAGUUGUACAGAAGAUGAUGAAACACUUAGCAAAGGACUAUUUAAGACAUUAUUUCAAAAAAGAUGGUGAGCAAAUUCAAAUGCUGACAGAAGCGGUUCAGAAGCAGUGUGCAUCUCUGCCUCAGACUGAUGUGGGAAAAGAGAUUCAGGAGAUCUUUGUGAAUGUAGCCUAUGACUGCAUUUCACACGUAUAUCUGGAUUGCCUGAUGAAGAGCAAGUUCAGGCGGCUAGAGAGGAGAUGGGGAAAUGUUGGAGAGAGGAUGAGAGAGGACGCUCUCAGUUUUCACAACACAUUUACUGAACUGAGCGGCAGUGAUGACCACAGGAACCAUCUCCUUCAGAGAAUGAGUGAAGUUCUGCUCUGCAGUGAUGUAGAUGCACUGAAGAUUACCUGUUGUGAUUUAUUCAGGGAUUUCCCUCAGGACAGUGAGCAGUAUGUACCUGGUCUGCUGCGCUGGAAGUGUGUGUUAUCAGAGCGACAGGUGAAGGAAGUGCUGGAUGUGAGCCGGGAUCUGGGUCUAGAUCUGAAGCCUAUGAAGGGACUUUGCUGUUGUCUUUGAUGUGAAUAACUCCCUCAGCCAGAUUUGUGAAACCUUUGUUUACAAGUUUAAAUAGAUGAGAUGACUUUUGUGAACAUUAGUGAACAUUAGUUGUUUAUACGGGUAUAUUUAUAUUUUAAUCAGAUAAAAUAUCUUUUGAUUUUACUUGAAAAUAGGAUAUAAUUUUACUAUUUGACCACCUGGAAAAAUGUUUUAUGACCCUGUCUGGUAUGUCUUUUCUAUGAUAGUGUAAUAUAUUUUGACUGCUAUAAAGUAAAAUUUAAGUAUGGAAUUAAGCGAAAUCGACUUAACUAAGUUAUGUGAAAUUCGCUAAGGAAAUAAGUAGAUUUAACAUGGCCAGUUAGAGUUUGAUGAAUCAUUUCUUCUUAAUUAUUGCAAGUACUCAAGUACUUUCAUUAAGUCGUAACUUUAUUAAAACAAUAUAGCACUGAAAAAAAACUAUGCUAUUACGUAUAGCAUGUGGAUACUAAUAUAGAAUUUCCUUUUUUUUGUCUGAACCAAAUUAAUGUAGAAAUUACAUUUGUUUUUCCGUAGUAUUUACUUGUCCACAAAAUAAUUUUCAUCAGUGAGGAUUGUAAAAACAUGUCCAGUCAUUUCUUAAAUUGUUGUAUUAUUUAAUAUUUAUAUUGGUUGUGUUUUUUUAAUUCUUAUUUGAAAAUAGGAGGAGUGUUUCUUUUAUGUAAGAUAAUUUUAUCAUACAAGAGUCAGUGGUACUAUAUGAAGUAACUUUAAGUGUAUAACAAGUGACUUUGGUACCUCA